UGUGAUUAGAGACAGGCUUUCACACAGAGAUGGUUAUAUCAAUUUAUAUGUUCAACCAUCAGGUUUCCUGAUCUGUCAUCAUGUUUCGCAAUCUGAUGAUCUGAAGGAUGACUUGGGGAACAUGGUAAUGUUGACUUGCCAAGUAAGUGUGGCAAUGCCUUCAUCCUGGCUUCGAUCACCCAAGCAUGGUCAUGUCUUCAUCCUGACUCUGCCGACUGCAUGGCAAUGUCUUUUAGAGUGCUGCCAUGCUGUCAAACACUUUGGCUGUGAGAACCAUCCCGUGGAGACUUCAACAAACAUGGCGGCACAGCGAUCACCAUCCAUCAGCUGGUUCUGAAGGUCUACGGCAAAUCUGGUGGUGGAGUUGCCACUGCAUGGAGCGGAGCAUGCAAGAUCGAUAGGUUAUAUUAGGGAAUGUCUGAUAGCCUGGAAACACAGGUUGGAACACAGGACGAUGUCGGAACGGAGGUCUAAAGACUGGGAGUUUGGAGGAAAUGUCAACGGCAGUGUGCUGGAGGUAAAAGAGCCAGCAGCGGGCAUCGCUUGGUGUUAGCUGGAGUGCUUCCUAAGUGUAAAAAGUUUCCUAAAAACACCACUGGCGGGGAUGGUUUCUCCCCGAGCGGAAACUCGACGGGAACUGUGUGAUGUUUGAUCGACUCACCCAAAUAUGGGGAAGUGAGUGCAUAACACAAUUUGCCAGUUGGAGUACGGUUGGGAUGGAGUCAGAAAGACUAGAAGGAUACCACUUCCUCUCUCCCAUCCCUUCAAUGCUCUAUCAUGCAGGCUUGCCUUGCAUGCUUACACCUCAGCAGAGGAUGUCUUUACGACAAUAUGAUGCAUUUACAGAUGCAAAGGCCAUGGCAAAAUACAGGCCAUGAAAUGUUAGUUGAAGAAACCCCUGUUCACUCCUGGUUUUGGAUGAGCACAUUGAGUGGUCUGGCAAAAAGCCAUGCUAGUAGGAGGAUCUUAAAGCACCAGUACAUGGGCACCUGGGCCGCGGGCCUGACACCUCAAAUUCUGGAGGCGCGAAACGAAAACGCGACCACCGAUCAAAUUUAUCAACGGCGGCCCCAGCGUUUGAUGUUUCGGCCUCGUUUUCUUGUGGCGACAAGUUUCGGACUGCAAGGCUGGGGCCGUGUACUUGUGGUUUAAACUGACCUGAAAUCCUCGCAACAAGAUUAAACCCUCGCGACAAGAGGGUUUGCUUAGAUUAACUCAAGGGUUAAACUGACUGCAACUCCUUAUGGAAGAAGGGUAGUGUAGGGUUGAAUGAUGAAGGUAGUUAUGGGUUUAACUGUCGGAGCGUGGAACUCAGUUCAACUCCUUGUUGAAAGUUACUUAGCACCACUGGAGGGUUAAGCAAGAGAAUGGACCGAGUGGAUCUGGGUUAACUGGUGGAGCAUCGAGCUGUUAGCAUAACUGGAGGGUUAAGCAAGAGGAUGGACAGAGUGCAUCUGGGUUAACUGGUGGAGCGUCAAGCUGAGUUCCACUCCUUGUUGAAGGUUAACUGCGCAUAACUGGAGGGGUUAAGAAAGAGGAUGGACCGACUGCAACUCCACGGAGCCGAAAUCUAUUUAUUCUGUUGAGACUCUCUACGAGAUCGUUGAGUGAGUUCAACUCCUUGUUGAAGGUUAACUCAGCAUAACUGGAGGGUUGAGAAAGAGGAAGGGACUGAGUGCAACUCCACUGCCCCCAAACCAAUUUAUUGUGUUGAGCCUCUCUCUCUUUUCCGCGAGAGCGGGAACCGACCCGGGGUCUGAUAAUCAGCUGCAGCCAAUAGGAGGGCUAACUAGGUUUAGCAGGAAGAUGGAGAGGCGAGUCAGGCGACUGCGUUCAAUUCCUCACCAAAAAUCCCUCAGGGUAUUUAAAUGCUACACUGUGGUCACCACAUGUACAUAUGAACGUCAACGAACCUUUCUAGGGAUGACGGCUGCAAGGGCUAUUGCAGAUAUUCAUUGUGAGGAGCACCUACGACGCAUCCGGCAAGAUGUUUGUUGAGCUUUGUUCCUUUUGCCUUUUGUGCAACUAGCGAAGAAGAUGCUUCCCUCCAUGUUGAUUCAUAAGAUGCUGUUCAUAACUGUGAUUCGACUUGGAAUUGUCAGAAUCAAUAAUAACAGGAUCUAGCUUGAAGGGUGGGGGAGAAGGUGGGACGUAGUAGUACUCUUUGGAUUAGCGCAUGCCAUGUAUGUGAUGUACCGAGGGCAGGGGAAGGAAAGGGACAUCGUCCGUAAGUUUGGUGUACACUUACGUUUUUUAUGUACAUAAUUGGAAGGUGACUUGCAGGCAGUGACCACGAAAGUUUGCUACUUCAGAAGAUGGGUCUUUGGUGGGGAUGUUCUUGAGCAGUGGCUCUCGUUGGAGGAGAACGAAAGCUUUGGAUUGCGCAUGCAAGACAUAGCUGCUGCUGCGAAGAUAGCAUCUUAUGGAGAGGUAGUGUCAUAUGGAGAGGUAGUGUCAUAUGGAGAGGUAGUGUCUUAUGGAGAGGUAGCGUCUUGUGGAACUGGUGAGAGUAUCUGCCCCGCCGCCCCGCUUCCCCACUUUUCGUAAUAUUGGAAGAUGAGUAAGAUCAAGCAUUGAGAAGAGGGAGAGAAUGGGGUAUGGUGAAGUUCAGAAAGGGUUUGACGGAUUGAUUGAUUGGUUUCAAGUUUCAACUUUGAAACUUUAAAGAGGUAAUUAAUUAAUCGUUUGAUAGCCUCAGCAGCCACUAGAAUGGUAAUGAGCAAUCAAAUGUGUUGUGUCAGGACGAAUGGAAGCUGAUGACUGUGAUGCCCAUCUGGUCUCUUUUUGCUUCCGGUUGAGCACCUGCUUGCCAGUUAAUUGUUAUUGUUGUUGUCUAAACAAGUACUGAAGUGUAUUGACUGUGGGCACUGAGCCUGCUGGCCAUCGACCUUUUUCGAUC